CUAUCUUGUAAAAAUAUCAUGGAAAAAAUAGCUGUUGGCGUAUUUUACAAUCAAAAUGUGUAACUAGAGUGGUACAGUGUACAAGAUAAAUGGAACAGUUUAAUACCUUUAGUUUGUGGCAAUUUAAGUUAAAGUAAUUUGAGUAUUUAUAUUAUUUUUACAUACUGUAGAUAGUAUUAUCUUAUCUGAAAGCGUAUUUUUCCAAACAAGUUAUGAUAUUAGGCGAAACUCUGUUGUUCUCUUUGUCUCUCAUUGAUAGUGGAGCGAUAUUAUUUUUAUUAGUUUAUUUUAUUAUUACCCUAUCUGACUUAGAAUGCGACUACUUGAACGCUCAAGAAUGUUGUGACAAACUAAACUAUUGGUUGCUACCAAAAUAUAUAGGACAUUCGUUCAUGACUUUUCUGUUAUUACUGCACGGUCAGCUGCUACUAUUCCUGCUAAAUCUGCCUAUGCUCAUAUGGUUAACUUACGAAUAUUUUACUAUACCACAAGGUAACCUCGGAGCCUACGAUCCAGCCGAAAUACACAACCGCGGACAGCUAAAGAAGCACUUGCGCGAUGUGAUGAUCUAUGUCGGCUAUUACUUGAUAUUUUUCUUCAUUUAUCUGUACUGCUUCAUACUAGCUAUACUUAAAGGCGAUCCACUGAAUCGCCACGCCGAUGACGAGAUCGUAACAGAGCUAUAG